AUGCAUCAAGUUCUAAAUGAAACUAUGAAACGUAUGUCAAUUCCACCAUCAUCAUCUAUGUCAGUUAUACCAUCAACAAAUAAUCCAUUAGCACAAGAUCUUCUUUGGAUAAGUAAACAACAACAACAACAUCCAUCAACACAUGCACAUCCAUUAAAAAAUACUAUACGUGUUAAUUCACGUGGUAUACGUUAUAAAUUUGAUGGUAAACAAUGGCGACCGUUAUGUGUAUCACCGGAUGGAUAUGAAUGUCGAAAUUUAGCAUUUCGUUCUUCACUUUGUCAAAAACAUUUUUAUAAAGUACAUCUUUUUAAACGACCUUAUGCAAAAAAUAAUUUAAUACCAUCACAAUCAUCAUCAUCAGUACCUGGAAUUCCACCACUUACAUUAAAACGUCCCUUACCAUCCGAAUAUGAACAGCAUCAUCCAAAUGAACAACAACAACAACAACAACUACUACCACCAAAACAACAAAAUACAGUUAAUGAUGAACUUGAAGAAAUAUAUGAAGAUGAUGAUUCAAUUGAAGUUAUUGAAGAUGAUGAUGCAAUAGUGAGCAAACAAGAUACUAAUCAAUCUCACUCAGAAUUUAGUUUUUUUUCUAUUGAUUGUGAUCCUCAAAUAAGUUCAGACACACCAGUAACAAAUCAAGUCAAACCAGAACCGUCAACAACAACAACAUAUGCUAGUCGAACAGAAGGAUUAACUAAACGAUUAGAUUCAACAAAUACUGAAUCGGUUAUAUCUAAUGAAUCUGAAUCAUCAUCAUCAUUAAAUAUAUCAAUUCCAAAAAUAAUUGAAUCUAUACGACUUGGUUUACCACCAUUAACACGUACAGAAGAAAAAUCUUUAGCUAAUGAAUUAAUUACACAAUUAUCAGUUGAUGGAUCAUUUACAGCAGGAGAACAAAUGGCACGACGUCGUGCUUGUGAAAUUGUUUUUGAUAAUUAUUCUCAUAAACUUUUAACAGAAAAUAUUUCAACAGAAUGGUUUUAUGAUUUUUUAUUACGUAAUCCACGUAUACCAAUACAUUUUCAAUCAUGGUUUUCAUCAGUCAAAUCAACAUUACCAUUAUCAGAUCAAUUAAUUGAUAUUAAAGUAUGGGAACUUGGACUUGUAACACGAUCAAUUAUACCAUCAUCAUCAAUUUCAACAUCUUCAUCAUCUUCACCUUAA